AUGUCGGUGUCUCCGCUGUUCUUCCCCAACGAUCUGAUAGCAGAGGUGUUAUCCCUUCUUAAUGUGAAAUCUAUUCUGCGAUUCAGAUGCGUUAGCAAAUUCUGGGAUAUUCUCAUUUCCGAUACCACCUUUGUGAAUUUGCAUCUCAAAAGUUCUGCAAAGCGAAAUCCUCACUUAUUACUCCUCACCUCUCAUACCAAAAAAUUCCCAGCUAAGGCAUUAUAUGGCAGUGAUGCAAUUGAGCAUGAUUCUGGUGUCAUUCCAUAUUCCAUAAGCAGUUUAGUUGAGAAUCCUUCUUUCACCAUUUUGAUCGACUCUGACUACAUCGUGCAACACAAAGAAUGCUCCGAUAUAGUUGGUUCCUGCAAUGGAUUGAUCUGUUUGAGUUGUGAAUACCUCAACUAUGACUACGAGUAUCAUGAGUACUGGCUCCGAUGUUGGAACCCAGCCACCAGGACCACAUCUCCAAAAUACGGCUUGUUUCGCUUAUAUCGCAAUACUCCUGGUUGCCCUACAUCUACAGGUUGUUACAGAUUCAGCUUUGGUUGUGAUAAUUCUACUGGCACUUAUAAUGUAAUGGCAUCCUGUUACUUUCGUCAUCAACAGAGAAGCAAUGUGAAAAUUUUAAGUUUCGGUGAUAAUAUUUGGAGGGAAAUUCAAAGUUUCCCUGUCGAACCUAUGCAUGCCGACGAUGCUUGUGGAACUGAUUAUGAUGAUCUGUAUUUCAAAAGCACUAUCACUUGGUUGGGUAUUCGAAAUAAACUUUCAUAUAACUGUUCACUUUUAUAUGACCAUACUGAUAUUAAGGAUAUUACAAUUGAGCAUUUUGUUAUUGUUUCGCUUGAUUUGCGGACAGAAACAUAUAACCAGUAUUUAUUCCGCUGUUUCUUUCUGAAGACGGUGAUACACUCAUACUUCAAUGCAAUCAAGAAAAGCAAGCAAUUCUCUAUAAUUUAA